AGCUCGGGAGAAGCCGCCGCGGCGCGGAGCGCCUCCAGCCCAUCCCACUCCCUCCUCCCCCGGAGCAUCUCCCUGGAUCUGGGAAGGGCUCGGGGCUGAGCUCCCAAGCCUGAGCAUGGCUCGGAGAAGCCUGGCAGAGCCGCAGCCUCCCGGAGCUGCCCGCUGUGCCCGGAGCCGCUGCAGGGCACCUGCGAGGAUGGCAUCCCGUGUCCCCUGGCUGUGACACACAGAGCCCUGCGAGGAUCGCAUCCCGUGUCCCCUGUUGGUGACAGAACCCUGCGAGGAUCUCAUCCCGUGUCCCCUGGUUGGUGACAGAGCCCUGCGAGGAUCUCAUCCCGUGUCCCCUGGUUGGUGACAGAGCCCUGCGAGGAUCGCAUCCCGUGUCCCCUGGCUGUGACACACAGAGCCCUGCGAGGAUCGCAUCCCGUGUCCCCUGACAGUGACACACAGAGCCCUGCGGAGCUGCCCAGCGCCACGGAGGGGUUUUGCAGGCAGCAGGAAUACUGUGGAAGCGGGCAGUGCAAGGCGGCACUUUGCCCCCCUCCUUCUCUGCCUGGGAGAAAGGAGUUGCCCAACCUGGUCAUGAGACUUUUCCAGACUUCCCAAAGAGGCUCCUGAAGUUGUGACACUGCUCCACGGAGAGCCCGGGGCAGCACAGCCCCCCCAGAGCACACACGCAGGCACGGGAGAUGGAGAAUGAGCUUGGCAAAUCUGUGGACAAUCAAAUGGACAAAUACAUAGUUACAAUAAUGGGGAAAUCAGAAAGUCAAAUGGAUAUUGUGGAAAAAUCGACCAAAUCUGGGAAGAAGCCCUGGAGCUUUGUGGCCAUCGGGCUGGCUGUCCUGCUGCUCCUCAUGACUUGUGCUGCCGUCGCCCUGGUGAUCCUCUAUGCCAGCAGCAGAGGCUCCCACUAUGGCACCAACUCAGGCAACAUCUGCACCACCCCUGGGUGUGUGACAGCAGCUGCCAGAAUCAUCCAGAACAUGGACCCCACUGCUGACCCAUGCCAGGAUUUCUACCAGUAUGCCUGUGGGGGCUGGCUGAACAGGCAUGUGAUCCCAGAGACCAGCUCCAGAUACAGCAUCUUUGACAUCCUGAGGGACGAGCUGGAGAUCAUCCUCAAAGGUGUGCUGGAGUCUUCAGACCAAGGGGACAGAGAAGCAUUUCAGAAAGCCAAAAUCCUUUACAAGUCCUGCAUGAAUGAGAGUCUUAUAGAGCAACGAGAUUCCCUGCCUCUGCUGGAGGCCUUGAGGAUGGUUGGAGAUUGGCCAGUGGCUUCUGCAGACUGGAGUAAGACCAAAGAGCCAAGCUGGAGCAUGGAGGAAACCCUUUCCAUAAUGAACUCCAGGUUUAACAAACGUGUCCUCAUCGACAUGUUCGUGUGGAAUGAUGACCGGGAUUCCAGCAGACACAUCAUUUAUAUUGACCAGCCAAGUUUGGGAAUGCCAUCCAGGGAUUACUACUUUAAUGGGGGCAACUAUCAAAGAGUGAGAGAAGCUUAUCUGCAGUUCAUGAUCACCAUCGCCAAAAUGAUCCGGGAAGACAAGAACGCGUCCAAAGAUGAUUCCUUUGUCCAAGAGGAAAUGGCAAAGGUCAUGGAGCUUGAAACAGAGAUUGCAAACGCCACCACUCCAGCAGAGGAAAGGCACGAUGUGACCUUGUUGUACAACAAAAUGACCUUAGCAGAGCUGCAGGAAAAGUUUGCAUUCAAUGAAUUUAACUGGACCUUCUUCAUCCAACGUGUCAUGUCUUCAGUGAGCGUUCAGGUGGACCCAGAGGAAGAGGUGGUUGUGUAUGGGAUGCCUUAUCUGCAAGAGCUGAAAGCAAUUAUCUCCAAGUACUCAGCCAGCACCAUCCAGAACUACCUCAUCUGGCGGCUGGUGAUCGACCGGGUCAGCAGCUUGAGCCGGCGCUUCAAGGACGCUCGGGCCAGCUACAGGAAGGCCCUGUACGGGACGACGCUGGAGGAGGCGCGCUGGAGGGAGUGCGUCAGUUACGUCAACAACAACAUGGAGAACGCGGUGGGAGCCAUGUAUGUCCGGGAGACUUUUGCUGGUGAGAGCAAGAGGAUGGUCCGAGAUUUAAUAGAGAAGAUCCGUGAAGUGUUCGUGGAGACCUUGGAUGAGUUACAGUGGAUGGAUGAGGCAUCCAAGGAGAAAGCUCGUGAGAAGGCAAUGGCAAUCAAAGAACAAAUUGGCUACCCAGAUUACAUUUUGGAAGAUCACAAUGAGAAACUGGACCUUGAAUAUGCCAAUUUAAACUUCAGUGAACACAGCUACUUUGAAAACAUCCUGGAAAACCUGCGAGCUGGAGCCCAAAAGAGCCUGAAAAAGCUUCGAGAGAGAGUUGACCAAGAUAUAUGGAUAAUUGGAGCUGCAGUGGUCAACGCAUUCUAUUCCCCCAACAGGAACCAGAUAGUUUUUCCUGCUGGGAUUCUCCAGCCCCCCUUCUUCAGCAAACACCAGCCCCAGGCCCUGAACUUUGGAGGGAUUGGGAUGGUUAUUGGGCAUGAGAUCACUCAUGGGUUCGAUGACAAUGGUAGGAAUUUUGACAAGGAUGGGAACAUGCUGGACUGGUGGAGCAACUUCUCAGCGCUGCAUUUCAAGGAGCAGUCCCUGUGCAUGGUGCACCAGUAUGGGAAUUACACCUGGGAGCUGGCAGGGGGACAGAACGUCAGUGGCAUAAGCACUUUAGGAGAAAAUAUUGCAGAUAACGGAGGAGUCCGACAGGCUUAUAAGGCCUACUUGAAGUGGCUGGAACAGGAAGGGAAGGAGCCAAAGCUGCCUGGACUGAACAUGUCCCACAAACAGCUUUUCUUCCUCAACUUUGCCCAGGUUUGGUGUGGCUCCUACAGACCAGAAUAUGCCAGUCAGUCCAUAAAGACAGAUGUCCACAGCCCUCUGAAGUACAGGGUGAUGGGCUCACUGCAGAACUUUGAAGCCUUCUCCGAGGUGUUCCACUGCAAGAAGGGCACGGCCAUGCAUCCCGCGGGGAAGUGCCGCGUGUGGUAGGCAAGGAUGGGACACUGGUGACACCACAAACAGCUGGUGGCAGGGAUGUGCCCGCUGUUGUGCUCAGCCCCAGCCAGAGCUGCCGGGGCAGCUGCUGCAGUGAGAGCCAGGGAAGCACUCAGCUGUCCCAGAGGGACUGGGAAGCGCGCAGGGAUCACGGGGAUGGAACCCGCGGCCGGUGCCGGAGGCCACGCGGCGUUCCCGGCCUCAACGACUGUUCCCAAUGACAUCCUGACUGUUACUAAGACACUGCUUCAGGGUUACAAGGACUAAUUCUUACACACAAAA